AUGAGUGAAGAUUUGGUCACUUCUGCUGCGGCAGACUCUGCGCAGAGACAAGUUCGAGUGCAGCUUAUCAGUCAGCAGGAGGAUAUUGCUCUGCCUGAAAGCACCGGCCCAAUUCUUGUUCCUACUGGACUUCGACGAUAUGCGCUGUCGACACUUGUGAACAACCUUCUUUCAAGCGAAAAGCCCAUUCCAUUUGAGUUUUUGAUCAAUGGAACUUUUUUGCGAACCUCGAUUGAUGAAUAUUUGGUCGACAACGGUAUCUCUGCUGAGACGACCCUCGAGAUUGAAUAUCACGAUGACUGGGUUAGCGCGACAGACGUCCUUUCCACGACUUCACCUGCUGCAUCCUGGGCCUCAGGUGCGACUUUCACCCCGGGCCAGGAAAGAAUUCUAUCAGGAAGUUAUGAUGGUCUGCUUCGGAUCUGGAAUAUGUCGUCUGAGACUAUCGCAACCUCUCCUGCCGCCGCCGAUGGUGGCCACACCGCCUCUAUCAGAGCCGCUAAGUUCGUUUCCCCGAACCAGAUCGCAUCGGCAGGUCUUGAUCGCACGGUCCGAUUGUGGAAGUAUACCGAGGGUGAGGGUGGUUUCACUGGAAAAAUUUCUCCUCAGCUAGAGCUGUACGGUCACAAGGCUGGAAUCGAGUCACUAGCAGUUCACGCCAAGUCCAACCGUCUGUUGACUGGUUCGGCAGACAACAACGUUGGAUUCUGGUCAACUAAGAAGGCUGAUGCUCCGGCAGCACCUGAGAACUUGCUUCCUUCCAGCAAUGCUCGGAACACGAAGCGUCGCAAGCUGAACACAUCCGUCAGCACACCACAGCGUGGUCCUCUGGCCCUUCUGUCAGCUCACACAGCACCAGUCUCUGCUGCUAUUUUCGAUGGAAAAGAUGCCACCGUUGGCUACUCCGCCUCAUGGGAUCACUCCCUGCGGACCUGGGAUUUGGUCACUGGUGCUCUGGUUGAUACUCGCACCACAUCACACUCGCUCCUCUCGCUUGAGCACCUCCCCGAACUCAGCCUCUUGGCUGCCGGUACUGCCGCUCGCCAUAUCACUCUGAUUGAUCCCCGUGCAUCUGCCACGACUGUGGCUGCCAUGACUCUCCGAGGCCACACCAACGCUGUUGUGAGCUUGGCCCGUGACCCCCACAGUACAUAUGGUCUCAUUAGCGGUAGCCACGACGGCACGUGCAGAAUUUGGGAUAUCCGGUCCACCAAGACCGACAAGGAAGGUGUUGUUGGCGAGAGUGUUUACUCGAUUACCCGGAAGAGCCUCGAGGAGGAGGGUAAGUCAGAUAGCAAGCGGGUUGGUGGUGAAGGUGUCAAGGUGUUCAGCGUGUGCUGGGACAAGACGGUGGGCAUUGUCAGCGCGGGUGAGGAUAAGCGGAUCCAAAUCAACCGCGGCGAAGGCGUGCUGUCUUCGCAGGCAUGA